GAGUCUAAUUAGUUGGCUCAUUGGGUUGCAAAAUUUGGGUUAGGACUAGAUAAUGAGAUUGUGUGGAAUGGUUCUUUGCCAUCCAUUUAACUUGUUUGCUUUGUACUGUCUGGUUUUUUCAAUGAAGCACAAGUUAAUUUAAAAAAAAAAAAGAAUUAUUACUCUUGUAAUAAUAAAUAGGGGCAGUUCUUCUAACUCUUAAGGCCUUUCAAGUAGAAUCAAUUUCUUCAAUCUUCUUACAUUUGAAACAGACCACCAGUCUACUAUUGGUAGAAUCCGCAGGCAGGUAGGCUUGUUCUCCAUUCUCUUCAAUCUGUUUUCCGCUUUUCUGCCUACUUCCUUACCCCUCCUCCUUCUAAAAUUAGGGUUGAGUCAAGUAUUUCCCAGAACUGAGAUGAAAAUGUAGCAGUCUUUCCUCGACUGUACUUCCAAAAUUUCCAAACUGAGUUUAGUCCUCGAAUCUCUGAACACAACGUGAUUCCCAAAACCUAUUAAAUGAGUCGUAUAAAAAAUAGUGAGGCUGAGAUAAGUCUUCCAUGUCAAGGGUUCAAUGGAAGAUGUGGAAAUUUGGAGUCCGAUGGAGCUAGUGCUUUAGCUUGUGACAGAAGUUGUGAAGAGAAAAAUAUGUCAGGAAUAUCCAGCAAUCUUUCGGAAGUUAUAUGUUCUGGUUCACAAUCGGAUACUAAAAAGGCUAGAGGGCACAAGGAAUUGACUUUUCAAGAUAUGUAUGACAACAACAACCUAUUUGACGAGGAUGAUGACGACAGUGAUUGGGAGCCCUUGCAGAAACAUGUGGAAGUCUUGAGGUGGUUCUGCCCCAAUUGUACGAUGCUCAACUUUGAUGACAUUGUCCACUGUGAUAUAUGCGGUGAACACAAGGAAUCUGGGAUACUGAGACAAGGAUUUUUUGCCUCUCCUACGUUUCAAUAUUCAGAGUUGGAAACUAAACAAAUACAUAAAGAUACUUUUUCACAAAAUUCUGCUCCAAGUAGUUGCACAGCAAUAGGUUUCGACGAGAGGAUGUUGCUACAUUCGGAAGUUGAAAUGAAAUCACAUCCGCACCCAGAAAGACCCGAUCGCCUUCGAGCUAUUGCUGCCAGCCUUGCUAUAGCUGGUAUAUUUCCUGGAAGAUGCUACCCAAUUACUGCUAGAGAAAUUACCAAAGAAGAACUUCAGAUGGUCCAUUCCUUGGAGCAUAUCAAAGAUGUUGAUCACACAAGCAAACUUUUUGCUAGUUAUUUUACUUCUGAUACAUAUGCUAAUGAGCAUUCAGCAUGUGCUGCUAGACUUGCAGCUGGUUUAUGUGCUGAUUUAGCUUCAGGCAUCGUUACUGGUCGCGUCAAAAAUGGGUUUGCCCUGGUUCGACCUCCUGGUCAUCAUGCUGGUGUUAGGCAGGCCAUGGGAUUUUGUCUUCAUAAUAAUGCAGCAGUUGCGGCAGUAGCAGCUCAAAAAGCAGGGGCUAGGAAGGUGCUCAUUGUUGAUUGGGAUGUACACCAUGGAAAUGGUACACAAGAGAUAUUUGACCAGAACAAAUCGGUCCUGUAUAUAUCCUUACAUAGACAUGAAGGAGGAAAGUUUUAUCCUGGUACUGGGGCUGCUGAUGAGGUUGGUACCAUGGGGGCUGAAGGAUUCUGCGUAAAUGUUCCAUGGAGUCGCAAGGGAGUUGGUGAUAAUGAUUAUGUUUUCGCAUUUCAGCACGUUGUGCUUCCAAUAGCUUCUGAGUUUUCUCCUGAUUUAACCAUCAUAUCAGCAGGCUUUGAUGCUGCAAGAGGUGAUCCUCUAGGGUGCUGUGAUGUCACUCCUUCUGGCUAUGCAAAGAUGACACAGAUGUUGAAUGACCUUUCUGGUGGAAAGUUACUCGUUAUUCUUGAGGGCGGCUAUAAUCUUCGUUCAAUAUCAUCUUCUGCGACUUCAGUGAUUAAGGUAUUGCUGGGAGAAAGUCCAGAAUCUGAAUUACAAAAUGUCUUACCCUCAAAAUCUGGCCUGCAUACUGUAAUAGAGGUCCUUCGGAUUCAAAUGAAGUUCUGGCCUACAGUUGGAUCUACCUUUGCCAAACUGCAAUCACAGUGGGAAAUGUACUCACUUAAGAACAAAAAAAAACAAAUAAAAAAGCUACUGCGGAGGAGAAGUCUGGCUCCAAUAUGGUGGAGAUGGGGUCGAAAAAGGGUUAUCUAUCAUCUGUUGAAUGGACAUUUUAAUGCUAGAAAGAAGAGUGGACGUUGACCUUUUUUUUUGUUUGAAUAUGCAGUCUUCCAUAUUGGGAUCUGGCAUUUUUGCAUACGGUUUAGUAUUAGAUUUUGCUUGGCUAGGUAGUUCGAACUUUUUUGUACUUUUUUAGGUGAGAACUCCUAUCUUUUCUUUGUUAAUGGCCUUUAUUGAAGAACAUACAGCUAAAUCCCAAGUGCUAGUUUUGCUUUUACUUUCUCUAACCAAAUGGUUAGUCAACAGAAUGUGCUUCUAGGCAAAGCUUUUUCAUUGAGUGCACUCAUUUGCUCAUUGUUCA